CGAUCGAAUUUCACCACCAAUCUCCUCCUAUGACUCUGAUGACUCCUCCACCUGUCGAUAUCGAAUCCGUUUAUAUUUAGACUUCAAUGUUGCAGCCUGAAUAGGACGAAGGACCUAAACCAAUGGAAGUUGCACCAACAGAAAUGGCGACUCACCAUGAGGAAAGAUACACAACACCAGUUCCAGAUGAGGAGUUUUCAAAGUGGAAGUUUGCAUUUCUGUCUUUGGGUCAUCCCACAUACCUUCAGGACUCAGAUAUCAUCUCCACCCGCUUUCAGAGAAGAGAUGUUUAUGGUGCUUGGGAACAGUACUUAGGAUUAGAACACUCUGAUAAUACACCCAAAAGGUCUUAUGCUGCAUAUCAGAACCGACACACUUAUGAGAAACCAGUAAAAAUCUACAACUAGGCAAUGGAUGAAGUUUAUAUGAAAAGCUGCAGCAAGUUGUUUAGCAAGUGAUAAGUGAUGUCUUUGAGAAAUUAUUAAUCAUGGUUGUGUUGUGGUAGAUAGAAUAGAUGUAUAUUUUUUUGUCAAGAAAUUAUUAAUCAUGGUUGUGUUGUGUUGUGUUAUGUUUUUAUUUAUUUAUUUAUUUUUUUAUUUUUUU